UCAUGGCCUCGGAGCAAGAGAAAAGGGGAGAGCUGGACGCCAAGGCAAGGCAAGGAAAGACUGUUGUUCCUGGAGGAACUGGCGGCAAGAGUCUUGAUGCUCAGGAGCGCCUUGCUGAAGGGCGACAAAAGGGAGGGGAGACCAGGAGGGAGCAGAUGGGUCGUGAAGGGUACCAGGAGAUAGGAAAGAAAGGAGGACUGAGCACCACAGACAAGCCUGGAGGAGAGCGCGCUGCUGAGGAAGGAAUUCCUAUUGACGAGUCCAAGUACAAAACUAAGAAGCUUAAUGUAAUAUCAGUGGAGCGUCAGUUAAUCGGUGGAGUCAUAGUGUUUUCAGGAUGGAACCGGUCUGGUUGUGAAGACCUACAAGUCCCUUGCCAUGCCACAAUGAGAGUGAAUGAGUAG